AUGGAUCGCCCCAAUAAGCCUGCGGCUCUUGCCUCCACCCCUGGCCUCCCUCCUCAGGCCCAGGUCACCACCUCUCACAACAACGAGCGCGUCUCGGCCGUCCUUCCUACCGGCGACUCGGUCGAGGUUCUCCUCCACGGUGCCACCGUGAUCAGCUGGAAGGACGCCUCUGGUGCUGAGAAGCUCUGGGUUUCGGAUGCCGCCAAGCUCGACGGCUCUAAGCCCCACGGCUUCGCCCGUAACGCCAAGUGGGAUUUCCUUGGCAAGAGCACCAGCGAGAGCACCGAGGGCUCUAGCUCUUCCGAUGGCUCUGUGAAGCUUGAUUUUGGCCUCAGCUCCGGCACCCUUGGCGAUGACUGGAAGGCCAAGUGGGGGUACUCCUUUGGUCUCGUCUACAGCGUCACCCUCAGCCCCGGCAACCUUACUACCACUCUCGUCGUCAGCAACGAGGGCGAGGAGGCAUUUGAAUUCCAGGCUCUCCUUCACACCUACCUCAGGAUCAGCGAUAUUGCUUCUACCGAGGUUGUAGGCCUCGAGAACAGCUCUUUCCUCGACAAGGUCGACGGCCCUAAGACCAAGACUCAGUCUGGCGCCAUCAAGAUUACUGGAGAGACUGACCGCGUCUAUAACCCCGAAACUAGCCCCAAGGACGCUGUCCGCGUCGUCGAGUCAGGAAAGUCUACCGUCUCCCUCGUCCGCGAUAACCUCCCCGACGUGGUUCCCAAGGAUGGAUGGAAGACCAUGAUCUGUGUCGAGGCAGGAAUCGUCAGGUCAUGGACCAAGCUUGAGAAGGGCGAUGUCUUUGAGGGUGGCCAGACCCUCUCUGCCAACUGA